UGACCUGCGCCAUGUUUAUUUUCAGCGAAAUGACGGAACUCAGGAACAAGUGCUGAAAACACUGAAAUGGAUGUUCGCUUGUCUGCAGUGGUUGUUUCUGCAUUUUGCCGCACCCUGAUCGUGGAAAUGGAGUGCUAGUAGGCAGAAUAUUUGUUGGAAUAACCUUAACAUACAUUAGAACCUCUGCAUAAACUGAAAAUCAGAGAAACAUGGGCGAAGAGCUACCGCCGCUGCCACCGAUGACCCGACCGGGUCUGGUUCACGGAGUAUCGUUUGCCGUGCAGAUAGGAUUUGUGCGAGAGAAUUUUCAGAUUCCCCCAGAGGGAGGUGAUCCUUCCAUUCCACUCAUAAAAGAAAUCGUUACCUCAAUGGUUAGACAAAGAUUUCCAGAGCAUGAUUUUUAUGGAGUAUAUGACAAGCUUCUGCUGUUCAAGCACAACCCAGGUACAAGCUACUCUCUCACACCCGUAACAUCAGUUAGCGAUGUGACGGAGGGUGCCCUUAUUGAGGCUGUGUUAUCCGAUCAGUGGGAUGGUAGCCGAAUGAAUGACCUCGUCAGCCAAAAUCCCUCUUCGGCUUCUGCUACAGUUGAAGACCGACAGAUCCGGCCUCACACAUUAUAUGUCCACUCCUACAAGAGUCCAACAUUCUGUGACUUUUGUGGUCAAAUGCUGUUUGGAUUAGUGAGACAAGGACUGAAAUGUGAUGGGUGUGGGGGUAACUACCACAAACGGUGCGCUUUCAAAAUUCCCAAUGACUGCACGUUAUCCAAGCGACGGCGCUCUUCCUUAGCGAUUUCCUCCUCCAGUAUUCCCUGGUCUCCAUCUGAGACCAGUUUGUCCAGUGAAGAUUCUCAGCAGCAGCAGCAGCAGCAGCUUGCAGUAUUUGUAACCCACUCCCAGCAGACUCCCCUAGUGAAGAGCGACAGCUACAAGGAGCGCCGGUCACCGUCAUGGGGCAACAGGCCACUAUGGGUAGAGAGGGCAGUAGCCAGUCGCAUCAAGGUGCCCCACACGUUUGUUGUACACAACUACACUAAGCCAACCAUCUGCCAGUACUGCAAAAGGCUUCUGGUAGGGCUAUUCCGUCAGGGACUUCAAUGCAAAGAUUGUAAAUUCAACUGCCACAAAAGAUGUGCUGACAAGGUUCCUAAAGACUGUCUAGGGGAAACACCAUUGCAAGAAGGAGACAAUGAUGAUCAGGAGAGGCUGAUUGAGAGCGAUGAGAAUGAGGCUGAGGAGAAUGAGAAUGGAUCAAACAGGGACAGUAUUGGAGAUGAAACACUGCCGGACUCCCCAGUCAAUGAAAAUCCACUCAGCCCUGUUCAAAGCAACAACAUUCCACUCAUGCGUAUUGUGCAGUCUGUGAAACAUACUAAGCGAAGAGGAUCACAAGUCCUGAAGGAAGGAUGGAUGGUCCAUUACACGGACAAAGAUAGCAUGCGCAAGAGACAUUACUGGAGAAUAGACACUAAGGCUAUUACUCUGUACCAGAGUGAGAGCAGCACCAGAUAUUAUAAGGAAAUUCCACUGUCUGAAAUCCUGUCUGUGAGGAUGGUGAAACCAUCUCAGGAUGGGAGUGGUAGUGGUAGCAGCAGUAGUGGUAUGGGCAUCUCCGGGCUGGUAGGAGGAGACGGAUUCAACUCCACUCACUGCUUCGAGAUACAGACUGCCAAGACAAACUACUAUGUGGGCGAGAGAGCUUCACUAGGGGAUAGCAGCUCCGAGAAGGGGUCGGGAGGCAGUACCACCUCCAGCUCCAAACUGCCUGUGCCAUCGAGCUCAUCGGUGGAUGAGGAGCCUGAACAGAGCUGGGUCGGGGCGGAUGUGGCCAGAGAUUGGGAACAGAAGAUCCGGCAGGCCCUUAUGCCUGUCACUCCUCAGCAAAGUGGCACUAGUAUCACUAGCACUUCUAGUCCAAGAAAUGAUUCUGUAAUACAAAUUCCCAGAGGUUAUAACCCCCAUCAUCGUCAAGAGCGCAAAGAAGGUCCAGUAAAUGCCACAGAAAAUGGAGAUGAUUUCCCCGCAAAGGUCUCAGAGCCAUCUUUUCUCAACAAACGAGAAAAUAACGACAUCAGUCAGCACUACCAGAUCUUCCCAGAUGAAAUCUUGGGAUCAGGACAAUUUGGAAUUGUUUAUGGAGGUGUACACAGAACUUCAGGAAGGCAAGUGGCAAUCAAGGUUAUUGACAAGUUUCGCUUUCCAACCAAACAAGAAACUCAACUCAAGAAUGAAGUGGCCAUCUUACAUAAAGUGCGUCAUCCUGGUGUGGUGAACCUAGAGCAGAUGUUUGAGACUCCAGAGCGUGUCUUCGUUGUGAUGGAGAAGCUCAAGGGUGACAUGCUGGAGAUGAUCCUGUCCAGUGUUCAUGGCAGACUCUUUGAGAGGGUCACAAGGUUCCUCAUAUCACAGAUCUUGAUUGCCCUGAAGUAUCUUCACUCUAAGAGUAUCGUACAUUGUGACCUCAAACCAGAGAACGUUCUACUCUCAUCAGAUGGGGAUUUCCCUCAGGUGAAACUUUGUGAUUUUGGUUUUGCUCGUAUCAUUGGUGAAAAAUCAUUCCGGCGCUCUGUGGUAGGCACCCCAGCCUACCUGGCCCCAGAGGUGCUUAGGAGUAAGGGGUACAAUCGCUCGCUAGACAUGUGGUCUGUUGGUGUCAUUGUCUAUGUCAGUUUGAGUGGUACAUUUCCAUUCAACGAAGAUGAAGAGAUCACAGAUCAGAUCCACAAUGCAGCAUUCAUGUUCCCACCCAACCCAUGGAACGAGAUAUCAGAAGGAGCCAUUGAUCUCAUACGGAAUCUCCUGCAAGUCAAGAUAAGGAAACGCUACACAGCAGACAAGUCUCUAGCACACCCAUGGUUACAGGAUUAUCAAGUAUGGCUUGAUCUACGUGACCUGGAGACAAUAGUCGGCUCACGCUACCUGACCCAUGAAAGCGACGAUGAGCGAUGGAGUGCCUACCAGCAGGCACAGUUGGGUGCAGGUAACGACCCCGCACCAGGAGGGAAUUCCCCGGACAACAACUCAACCCACCUACAACUGAGUCCCGUCAGGCACAUGGACCGUGUUAGCACUCUGUGAUCACCCGUCUUUAUGGAAUCAAGCGAAGCUUAGCUUUGGAAGAGCACCAGUGUGCCACACAUGUCUAUGUGCUCUCUAGGAUUUACGCUUUCAGUUACUAAAGAAUUAUGAGACUAGUCUCUUUUGUGUGUGGACAAACCUGUAGUAAAGCCAUCAUACACUUUCAAUUAGAGCAGAGAUGUUCAGUCUGGGUCAUAUCGUAGGUACCCCAACUCUCUUGAAGAUAACUUAUAUCACAAAGGAUAUGGACUCCAGAAAACAUAGCAGUGAGACAGCAAAUCUCUGUAUUAGAUGUCUACGUAAAACCAGCACGAUUGAAAACUUCCGAGCAUCAGUAUUGGACACAAGCUACUGGUAUAGAAUCUCUUUCAAACAGGUCAUCCUUCAAUUAAAGCAUGACAACUAUUUGAGGUACCAGGAAGAUACAUGAAGAAAGCCCACCCUUGUUAGUCCUUCAAACAAGCAGGGUGCUUCUAUUUUUGUGCUGUGGAGGAUUGUGCUUCACCUCUCAAGUGUCAGAAAGAAGAAAGUUCUGUCCUCAAAGUCUUUGGUUCUUCACGCCUGGCAUAGCUGUCUAAAUAUCAUUUUCUCUUAUUUAUACCACAUGGAUAUAGAUUGUGUUUCAGCCAGUACUGUAUAUACCUACAUCUCCUCCUCCUCCCAACAGUGAUUUCACAUUUGACUGUGGAAUAGGAUUCAUCGUUGAUGAGCACACAUCAUUCUUUGACCUAGAUGAGAAACCAGUGAUUAUUUUGUGUAGUCAGCCAGCAAUGCUUGAUUGCAUGUUUCACUCACUGUCAGGAGUAGCUACCAGGAGAACAUAAACCGAUAUUUAUCUGCAUAUUUUUUGUGUUGAAGAAAUUGAAGCCUCAGAACAAUAUUCCUUGCCAGAGUCUCUGUUGGUUUGGACUCAAAUGGAAACUAUAUAUAUAUUUAUAUGUAAUUUUUUUGUUAUAGUUUUUGUUUUUUGUUGAUGGACUUGAAGACAGAAGUGGAUACAACUCAAGAUAUGAUUGCCAACUAGAUGCCAAGCAAUGACACAACUGGUCUUUGCAUUGAAAUUUAGCCGCCUUUAUCAGCAAAAAUGAAUACCGGCUUGUUGAAAGGAAACAAACAUGAGAUCGAUGGAUGCAUUAGAUACAGAGAAGUGGCUGUAUUUAUUCAAAAUACAUUUUGUCCAUCUCCGAAAACAGUGCAAAUCAAGUCAGGGGAAUAUAGUUAUAUAUACAUCACUGCGCCGGAAGUUUGACAGACAUAGCUGUGUGCCUUCGCAAAAAAAAUUAUUCGUAAAUGGACCUCUGCCACUGGAGAACGUUGAGCAAUGACUACAAGACUUACAUAUUAACACAAACAAAAUAAGAAACAUAAAACACAAUGUAUCAUCACCCAUGAUUGAAAAGUAUUUGAACUGAAUCAUCGAUGGCUUUGUAACAAUGGAGAUUGGUUUUUAUGGAUGCCUACUUGAUGUAUUUCGCACAAACUUGAAGCGUGCAUAAAAGGUUCGCACAACCACAGAGCAAGAAUGGAAGCGGGACAAAUUGCGGAUAAACGGCACCAGUUGGAAGAAUAAGUUUUCUUUCCCUUUUUUAAAAGUUGGUGAAAUCUUUCAGUGUCACAUUUUAAACAUUUUUUUGUGCAAUAUAUAAUCCCUCAUAAGACAAAAUGUGAGGGUUUUAUGCUGAUGUAGAGUGUAGUAAAUUUUUGUGUGUAUGUAGAAUUGAGUGUAUGAUAUUAUUAUCAGGAAAUAUGGUCAAAGCAUAUUAGGGAGUUGACAAGUUGGUAUAAUGUUGUGUUCUUAUCUGUAAAUGGUCAAAGUAUGCACACAUUUUUCCUUCAUUUUUAUUGUUUUUUAUAUAAAUUAGUGGUUUUAUUGAGUGUUGCUCAUAUUUUGUUGGUCGCAUUUGGUAAUGAGAUGAAGAAUUUAAUCAAUUUUGUUAAUUUGUGAAUUUGUGGCAUAAAAUACAACCCUCCCCUCUUCUUACACCCCAUAAAUCUCUGUUGAGUAUAAUGUAUUGUUGGAUUUGAUUGUGUGGUGAUUGUACGACAUCUCUCAUUAAAAAGCUGUAUAAUUGGAAUUUAGCUGUGUGAUGUAAAAUUUUAUGCUAACCGUUCAUGAAGACAUGACUCUUUCUGUCAAAACCAGGCAUAUUUUACAAUUUGUUUUAAAAGAAAGUAUGGCAUUUUGAAGGUACAACUCUUAAGAAAUUUAAUUAGAUAUAUUUGUAUACAUAUAAAGAUUGUGAUAUGAAAGUUUUCUGUGAUUGUUCUCUUUUUGCUUGAGAAUUUAAAAUUGAAAAGAAAGGAUCACUUUUGUGGCAGAAGUCUAGUAGCAAACAUCUUUACCGGUACAUCCUAUUGAGAAGAGUAUUGCUGGGAUGCUGCAGUCUACAAACUCCUGGUUUUGAAAGAAAGAAUCACUUAUAUUGUUCUAGGACACUUCUUUUGUUGUGUUGUAGAACUUGUGACAGAGAAUACUAGUGGAGAAAGAAAGGAGAAACGAUUGUAUUUUGCAUUAUUGAAUGAGAUUGACACUUUCAAAAUUUGAUAAAGUGGCAUCAUGACAAACACAGUAAUCUUUGAAUCUUCUGAGAUUUUUAUGGUUGUGUAUAGACAUUGGUAUUCAAUGUCCUACGUGUAAUUCUUACCCCAAAGUUAUACCAUGUUAAAAUUCUCUCCUUUCUAAAUUAGACAUCAGUUUUGUGUCUUCAAAAUAAGCACACAGAACAUGAAGCUAAUGAAGAACUUUAAUAGUAGUAGAUAAAAUAUUGUGCAUUUUUUUAUAUAAAAAAUCCAGUUUUAGUAUUAUUUGCCUUUAUCACUUAUUAUUUACUCUAUGCAAUUAUGUGGUUUAAAUUGCAUAUUUAGAAGAUGUAGCUGCAAUGUACACAUAUUUUAAGAUAUUGAACUAGAAAGGAGGUAUAAUGUUUAAUUCAACUCCCAUGUUUAUCUAUCACCCUUUUAGUUGAUACAAUUUUGUUUUUUAUAAAUAGGAUAUGGUCAAAAGGAUUGUAGCCUCCUAUAUUAUGAAUUAUUUACCAGACUAUUUAAUGAUGCGCCCAAAAGUGAUUUCAAUUUGAUGUUUUAUUGGGUAUUUCAUUCAAUUGAUAUUACAGUAUAAGCCCAACAAAUCCUUAACAUAAACUCCUUUUAUAGCAACUUCAUACAACUCAGAUUAGUAAUCAUUUGGAGAAAUAAUGCAAUGACUAUCAUUCAUAGAUAGAGGUUAUUUUUUCUGUCAUUUAACUGUACGCAUAUGAUUGGUACUCUCAACUUGAGGUCCAAUUAUUUCAUAAUGCUUGCCCAAAUAACAAGUUUUCUUGCCUAGGGAAUUUGCUCAUAUGGAAUACACAAAUGAGAAAUAUGAUUUGUAUUUUUGUAUUCUUACGUCAUAUGAAGGUAAAACUGAUAAGUCACAUUAUGAAAUCAAUUUAAUUUUGAUAACGGGUCUUUCAUUUUCAAUUUAUUAAAUGGAUUCUUUCAGUAUUUUUUAGAAUUGUAAUGUAUUGUAUGCUCAGAUUAAGAAACUUUUUAAGAUCAAAGGCACUCUAGUAAUUAUGCCUCAACUCAAGGACUUCAUAUCUUUGAAAAUUAUCAAAUUAAGCAAAAACUACAUUGAGCAAAAUCAAAUGAAAGAAAAAAACAUUUAGUGAAAAAACAUGAUCAGGGAGAGUAAAAUAUUAAGUAAGCUUUUUUGGUUGAAAGCCAUUAUUAAAAGCCAUCACUGAUAGUGGUGUCUCUAAAACCAUUAGCUUUAUGUCUUAAUUAAUCUAGAGAUCAUGCAUACCAAAUUGAACAGAAACAUUUGAAUAUUACAAUAUGAUGUAACUUCUUUUUGUAAAGUAGAUUUGUCCUCCGAAGUUAGCAGAUAUGUUUUGUAUAUUAGAGUUUUGUGGAUAUUUGAAAUAUUGUGGUGCUCUUCAGUUUGUCAAACCUAUUUAUUCUACAGCAGAAAGCUAUGUAUUUCCUAUCUGAUGUUUUUGACUGAAGUUCCACAAACAUUUUUGGUCAAUCUGUUGCAUGUCCUGAAACUGUUCCCUGUCCUUUGUUCACCAGUGUUUAUUGACUUGAACGGCAGCAAUGAAUAGAGGCUUCUUCAGAUAUGAUGCGGUAAACUGCCAAAAAA